AUGGGUUUCCUCAGUCGACUCUCAAAGGCACAACGCCAGCAGAUUUUCGGCCGGUUCGUCCUCAGCUGGAUGCCAACCCUCAGCUAUAUUAUGGUCGCAGUAUCAUUCUUCUGGCUCCUGGCUCUGCCUCACCAGGACUACAGCAAACGAACAUACGUCUCCGAGAACGCAUUACUGCCAGGAUCGGCGAAUGUGCAAUUUAACUGGAACGACAACUUGGCGGCGGAGGCAUAUCGUGACACUGUGCAAAGGAUAGCAUCCUUGCCCUCGAUCGAGCGCGCACAAGCAUUGGAGCUGCAGUUUGCAGCCAUUGGACUCAAAUCAGCAACACAGAACUAUACCCUCAACACCAGCACCGAGUCAUUCCACGGUGUCAACACAUACGCGGUCUUUUACGCACCCAGGAGUGACGGAACAGAGGCAAUAGUGCUCAGCGCUUCAUGGCUUUCCCGGGACAAAACCACCAACACCAACGCCAUCGCAAUGCUCUUGGCCCUUGGAAAGACGUUCAAACGCGGAUCCCACUUUUCAAAGGAUAUCAUCUUUGUCGUGUCAGACGGCGACGCCGAGGGUCUUCAGGCAUGGCUCAAGGCGUACCAUGGAAACGAGGAGCACACCUAUGAACGCCACGAGGAACCUUUGAGAGUGAGGAGUGGAGCCAUUCAAGCGGCAUUGAACCUCGACUUUGCAGGAACUGGCGACUAUAAUGCCCUUGGCAUCUUCUUCGAGGGCGUGAAUGGACAGUUGCCCAACUUGGACAUGAUCAACACCAUCAACUUGAUCUCCAUGGGCAUUGCACCUGUCGAGUUGACCCUUCAUGACGAGUUGGUCCCCUACACCGACAACAUGACCAAGAACUACCUCAAUUCUCUCCGCAAGAUGCUGUACCAGAUGAAGUACCAGGCUGUCGGCACCCCCACCGGAAACCACGGUCUUUACUUGAAAUACAAGAUCGAUGCGAUUACACUUUAUGGAAUCGACAGACCUGGUUGGCACUCACACCGCUUCAACCUCUUCCGCGUCGGCGCCCUUCUGGAGUCGGCGGUCAGGAGUCUGAACAACCUACUGGAACACCUGCACCAGUCCUUCUUCUUCUACCUCCUCAGCGACGUCCGCCGCUACACCUCCAUCGGCCUCUACAUGCCCCCUGUCAUCAUCCUCGGUGUCUCCUUCAUCUUCCAAGCCCUCUCCCUCUGGGGCCUCUCCUCCGAUCUCCCCCUCGAACUUGAAUCCAUCGUUGAAGGCGAUACAACCAUCCCUGUCGCACUGCCUUACUCGAGGAGGAGCAGGAACUUUAAAGUUGCAAGUACGACCAUGGGGAUGGCGGUGGUCACAGGCGCAGCGACUUUUUUCCUGCUGACUACGGAAUUUGGACUUGUGGGCGAGUCGCCCAUGUUGAAGUUGGUUGCGAGUGUGGGGGUUUGUAGUAUGCUGGUCCUGUCUGCCGUCUCGGCUGCUCAUGUCCGAACGAGGAUUAUCAAGUCUGGUAGCACUGUCCAGAAGGCCCGCGCUACCCAUAAUGACACCAAAGGAAGCAGCGGCAGCAGCAGCAGCAGCAGCAACAGCGACAACACCCACAAUGUGGCAGAUCAGGAACUGACUCCGGCAGCAGACUGGAUUAUGCUCAAAACCCUAAUCCUGGCCCUCUCCGCUCUCAUCGUCACCACACUCUCCGCACUCAACUUCAGUCUCGCCGUCAGUAUUGGCGUCCUGAUCGUUUUGCCCUAUAUGGCCUUCCGUCCCAGCCGUUGGACCGUCGUCUCGAUUAUUGAGGCCCUGAUCCUGUUGGCGAUUUCCCCACCGGGGUUGAUGAUGGUGGCGUCGUGGUGGUAUGUCAAGGACCCGAGUGAGGUCUUGAGUUGGGUCUUGAGAGAGUAUGAGAUCUUGGGGACUUGGCUCUUGCCCACUGCUUGUUUUGUUUAUUGGCCUUUGAACCUUGCCGCUGUCAUCAUGGUUCUCCUCCCCGUUUCUUAG